AUGGAGCACUUGUGCCAGCAUGGAUCCGGCGCUGACAUGCUGGCUUGGCAGUUUGCUUAUGUUGACACACACACAAUGGCAUGCCCAAAAUCCGGCAAGCAACAGUUGCUGGCACAUUGGGCCUUUGGAAAACGCUCCAUCCCACAUCAGCAGGUAACGAACUGCAAACGACGGCAAACGACGACUGAGAAUGGAGGAGGACUGGGAAUUUUACAUCAGUCGAUGGGCGUCGCCAAAAUGACACGAAGAAGCGCCUUGGCUGACUGCGCUGUCGCUCUUCAGGAGAGGCGCGUGGCAGCAACUCCAAGUUGGACCUCCUGUGGCGUGCUGAUGCAAUAG